UUUUUCGCUCCACGUUGCUAAUGCCGGAGGUGUUUUCAUAAUUUUAGGAAUAUUUAUAGUAUUUUUUGCGCAAAAGGCCAAAUUUGAAUGAUCUAUAACCGCUGCGUGCUGGUAUAUCGGGCAAUUACUGAACGGAUUCUUCUACACCGUAAUACCACCGUAAGGAUGAAUGCACUGGAGCGUAUCGUUUCCAAUAAUGCAGCUGCUGAGACGAUGCUGCAAGCCCUGAAGGAAGAACUCAAAGCAAUACAGGACGAAAAAGCCAGCCGUCGCGUUGAAGAGCUGAGAGUUGAAAAUGCUGCACUUAAGCAACAAAUUGAAAAUGCUCGCAAGAAGCUUAUAGAAUUGGAAACGCAAAACGGAGUUAAGCAAAUUCCGGUUCCUGGACUUCUGAGCGAUGUUACCACUCCGGUGGCGGCUGUAAAGGCUGAACCUGUACAGCAAACAGUUGCAGAAGUCGAACAGCAAGGAAACGAAAACAAACCACCCAAGGAAAAGAAGGCUAAAAAGGAAAAACCUAAAGUGGAAACCAAACCAUCGGGUGGUGAAGAAGAACCACCCGUCGACGCCGGGCGCCUUGAUAUGCGCGUUGGAAAGAUUGUUGAAGUAUCACGUCACCCAGAUGCCGACAGUUUGUAUCUGGAAAAAAUAGACUGCGGCGAAGCUGCACCCCGUACCGUUAUAUCCGGAUUGGUGAAAUUUGUUCCUAUCGAGGAAAUGCAGAAUAGGAUGGUGGUUGUACUUUGCAAUCUGAAACCAGCUAAAAUGCGAGGUAUUCUGUCCGAAGCAAUGGUUAUGUGCGCUUCGUCACCAGACAAGGUGGAAAUUCUUGCUCCACCGGAAGGCUCUGUGCCAGGAGAUUUGGUGCAUGUAGAGGGAUUUCCGCGCGCACCGGAUGCUGUUAUGAAUCCGAAAAAGAAAAUUUUCGAAACCGUCGCGCCAGAUUUACAUACGAAUGAGCUCUUAGUGGCGUGCUACAAGACGGGCUCUUUUCAUGUCCCAGGAAAGGGUGUAGUUAAGGCUCAAACAUUGAAAAAUGUUAAUGUGAAGUAAUUUUUUUAUAUUUAAAUAUACUGAGUUU